AUGCUGCGGGCCAGAACUGAGGGGGCAACGGACGAAGCAGGGGCGGGAGAAGGCUUAAGGAAUAACUGGCGGAGCUGGUCUCUGUGGCGAGCUUGGGAGAAUUGGUGGGAGGGCCCAGGUGGAAUUCGGCGGCGCUGGACAUCCUGGUGCUCCGCGUCCUGCUGGUGGGUGCCCUUGCAGAGAGGCCUGUGGCUUCUUGAAUCCGGCCUCUACCUGCUGCUGUCCCUGGGCCUGUGCCAUGCCCUCUUCACCACAGGAUGCCACCUGCUGCGUUCGCUCUGGCCUGUAGUGGCCGCUAUGUGGAAGCAUCUACUGCCGGCCCUGCUGCUCAUGGCUUUGAGUGCACUGCCCGCCCUACUUUUUGCUGCCUCCUUCUUACUGCUCCUCUCCACCCUACUCAGCCUGCUGGGGCUACUGACGGGUAUGGCUCGGCCUGGACCUGUCAUCAGCCUCAAUCCUGGCCUCGACACUGGCCCCAGGUCCAUCUAA